AAUGAAUGAAGUACGAGAAGAUAUCGCAAAGCAAGAAGUCAAAAAUGAAAAUGAUUUUCAAGAGGUAGGAGCAACUUUUCUCCUAAAUAAUGCAGGAAUACGUUGAUAGGCUGUCUCCGAAAUUCAACGAUGAUGAUUCAUACAAGUAUUCGCUGCCGCCUCCACCACCAGACUCAAGCCAACUGGACUCAAUGGCAUCACAUCCAGAAACUCCAUCCAUAGUACUGUCAGCAUUCUCAGAUCCUUCGCCGACUACUCCGAAAAACAAGUCAGAGUUCAUAUCGGAGUCACUGACCUCAACAUUAAGUAACAUCUAUGCUCUCUUCAUCAUAACACUUGGAGUUAUUAUUUAUACAGGCGACUUCUUCUAUAGUGUUCAUAUAUCUCCUAUCUUCUCCUGUGUAUUAAUAGUAAUCGGAUUAGUUUACCUUGUAUUUUUAAUUGCACACAUAAAUAUUAUUAAAUAUAGAUAUAAUAAAUUGAACUCCAAAAAAGAGGAAGACAUAGAAAUAGUAAAUAAUCCAAAUGGAAAUGCUACUCAUCCAAACGACAACGAAACUAAUUUGCUAGGCAAAGUUGCGCCGCUGGAAGAAAGCUACCAAUUCACUCACGGACGACAUUCCGGUAGCUUCUAUCUAAAGUUAGGUGCUACAGGUUUUGCAAUCGGUCACCUUAUCCACGGUGUACUGUUACUUGCCAGUCAGAUACAGUUCUACAUGGACGAUAAACUUGACAACGACAGGUGUUUGAACAUAAUGGGGAUUGUACACGAUAUGUUUAACCCUUUAUUUUGUUUUCUAGAGCUGUAUUUUAUAUUUAACUACUCGAAUAUUGUCAUCUUGAAAUAUGCGGAUAUUUUUGGUUGCAGUCCAGUUAUAAUGAUUCCGUAUUUAGUAGACCAUUACAGACUGGCCAAUCUGGGCUUCACACAUUUGAUCGCUAGCAGUAUAUGUUUCUGGAUCUCUACCAUUUACCGUGAGACACAUCUAUCACUGACUAUCUACGCCAACUCCAUAUAUGGCAACAAAUCUCACAGAUAUUCUUCUACCAAAGUGGACAAAUCGAUAGGUCUGAUAGAUCUGGAGAGCCUGUAUGACGCUACUUGUGUUAGCUCGCCAGCAGCGAUUAUGAUAUUUGAGAAUUUCUCUCCAUACUUGUUUCCUUUUGGAGUGGAGUUCAACAUUCUCAUAGUUGCCUUCUACUACGUGAUCUGGAGUCACAUCGGUCGUCCCAUUGAGGAGGAGCAAACCCCGCAUCAUACAGACCACCAGAGCGUUCAUUCUAUAGAGCAAGACGCAGAGAAUGAGUCCCCUGGUAACAUUGUGGUCCACGUCGACUGCCACGGAUCCAGCAAGGGUCUGUUCUUCGGCCUGGUGUUUGUGGUGCUGAUGGCAGCUAAUGUCAUACUUGGAUUUGUUCUUGGGAACCUUGGCGGUGACUUCACAGGCUACGGAUACGCUCUGAAGAAUCACACGAAGCUGUGGAUGCAUUUUUUCAUGACGGUCGCUGUGAUAAUAGCGUACAAGCAGUCAAGGAGUUUGGAUGUGAACGACCACCCUAUCUCUAAGCUCGAUGACGUGUUCCUUUACAUUUGUCUGCCGGCUUUCUUCAUGGAAACCCUGCUUUCCCUACUAGCCACUAUCGUGAUACUAAAUAUCGUGAGAUGUAUCGAUCUAGUGUUGAUGGUCAUACAGGUGAUCAUCCAGACGAUAUUCCUCAUCGAUGGCAUGCGACGGUGCAGCAACACGAAGAAACUCCGCCGUUACAAGCCGGGCCGGGAUGCCGUCAUGUUCCUCCUCAUAGCCAACGUGUGUAUGUGGCUCUUCAACACCUUCUCCUUCAAGUCACCGGAAAGUGUCGACGAGAGAUACGAGUUCUACGGCAAGGUCCUCUGGACGAUCCUCGGACAUGUCACUCUACCGCUGAUGAUGUUCUACAGAUUCCACUCCAGUGUGUGCCUCGCUGAUAUCUGGUAUUCCGUCUACAAGCCGAGUACGUACCAUUAG